GUAAUUACAUAACGAUCCCUUUUUGCGGUGAGAAUCUUGGCAAAUCAAACUUGAAAUUUAACUUUUCAUUAAAAAUUGCUGUUCUGAUCAUCUCAUGAGUUGGUUAAUUUGAAUUAUUGCAAUAUUGCUCUUUUAUUUUGUUUCUCUUAUUGUCAUUAAUAACCUUCCACUUAAUUUGAAGUGUCAAUUAUGGAUCUACUUGUAGAAAAUUUACCAAAUAUCCGAGUUCCAGCUAUUGGUGAUAAAAUUUUCAAAGAUGAAUGUGUCUACAGCUAUGAUACUCCGGAAUCCGAGGAUGGGUUAUUUGUUUGUAUGCGAACAUUUCUUGGUUUUAGCGCCAAAUAUGUCAACUUAAACUACGAGAAAACCAGGUCUAGAGUAUACCUUAAACUUAAGAGGAUUAAAAUUCAUGAACCUAGCGAAACCGGUGAUGGAGAGCAGCCAAAGAAGAUUACUAAACUUGCUAUCGGUCUCGAAGGAGGUUACAAUCCCGGUGGUGCUGGUAAAGUUUCUUAUCAUGAGCAAAACGAAAUAGUUAUUCUUCCUGAAUAUGAAAGAAUCCCAUUGCCCAAUGAAAAUCUACCAGAAAAGGUUUUGGCCUGUGUGUCCAGUAUACUUGCUUCUGAUUCUGCUUUUUUGUCUGAAGAAAUAAAUUCACUGAGUGGAACAUGGGAUGGUGAGAAAAGGCAGAUUACCAAACAUGCCUAUAACCUUCCUCAACUUGAAAAUGGUGUUAAAGUUAAACCAGAAGGCUGGAAGUGUGAAAAAUGCGACCUUAAAGAUAACCUCUGGUUAAAUUUAACUGAUGGUGCUAUUUUAUGUGGAAGAGGAUUCUUCGACGGAUCUGGUGGAAACAAUCACGCUGUACAGCAUUAUGAACAAUUUAAAUAUCCGCUUGCAGUUAAACUGGGUACCAUCACUUUUACCGAAGAGAAAGUAUCAGCUGAUGUAUACUCAUAUGAUGAGGAUAGCAUGGUCGAAGAUCCACUUUUACAUAAUCAUUUAGCACAUUUUGGUAUUGAUGUUAAAGCUUUGCGAAAAACGGAAAAGACAAUGCUAGAGCUAGAGUUGGAUUAUAAUCAACGUAUUGGUGAAUGGGCAAUCAUUCAAGAAUCUGAUGCUAAAUUGACUCCAAUCACUGGACCUGGGUUUACGGGCAUGGUUAACUUGGGUAACUCUUGUUAUCUCAAUUCGGUUAUGCAAGUUAUUUUUACCAUUCCUGAUUUUCAACACAAAUAUCAUGAUAGAAAUAUCUUCUGUGAAUCACCUUGUGACCCUACAAAUGAUUUUACCACUCAAAUGGCUAAAUUAUCUCAUGGUUUACUUUCUGGUGAAUAUAGUAUUCCUUUACAACCUGGAAAUGAUAAUUGUAUUGAACAAGUUGGAAUCAAGCCUACCAUGUUUAAAAAUUUGAUAGGACGAGGACAUUGUGAAUUUUCAACAAAGCGUCAGCAAGAUGCUCAUGAAUAUUUUCUUCAUCUGGUUAACCUGAUAGAAAGACAUCAAACCGGCAAUGGAUCUUCAUUGAAUCCUUUAGAUAGCCUAAAAUUUGAGAUCGAAGAACGUAUAGAAUGUAAUCAAUCUCACAAGGUAUCUUACACAACCAGAUCAGAAUACAUCUUGUCAUUGCAAAUACCAUUGCACAAAGCACUAAAUAAGGAAGAAGUAGCUGCAUACGAGGAGAAGAAAAAGAAUGCUGAUAAGGAUGAAAAGAUAGAUCUUGUCCGAUACAUUGUUCCUCUAGAAGCAUGUUAUGAUUCAUUAAUUGAACCUGAAAUUAUUGAAGAUUUUUACAGUACAGCAGUUAACUCUAAAACAACAGCCUCCAAAAUAACCAAAUUGCGAACUUUUCCAGAUUAUUUAAUGUUACAUAUUAAAAAAUUUGAAUUAGACACUAAUUGGGUUCCCAAAAAACUUGACGUUUCUCUUCAAAUUCCCGAUGAAAUCGACAUCUCUCAUUUACGAGGAAGAGGAUUGCAAGAAGGUGAAGAGCUUCUUGAAGAUACAGUAGCCGGUGCAGCAGCCGGUGGUAGUGACCAACAUCUACAUCCUCAACAAUUACCCCAACAAGCUCCUGUAGCAGAACAAAUCAUCGUACUAGAUUCUAAUCAUAUUGACAGUUUAAGGGAAUGUGGAUUCAGUUUGGAUGCUGCUAAAAGAGCUUUAGUUCGAACUCACAACACUGGUGUUGAGGCUGCUCUUAACUGGCUCUUAGAAAAUAGCAAUAAUCCUGAAGUCAAUCAACCUUUCUAUGAGGAUGUUGAUAUUAGAAAUACUGCACCAAAACCUGCAAUCGAUCAAUUCGUUCCUGAUUCCAGUGCCUUGGAUUCGUUAAUUAAUAUGGGAAUCACUCGAGAAAGAGCUACUCGUGCACUCAAAGAAACUAAUAACUCAGUAGAAAUGGCUAUUGAUUGGAUUUUUAGUCAUGAUGAAUCAGAUGAAGGAUUAAUGCAAGUUGAUGCUGUUACUGUUCCUAAUGUCACUUCAUACCAACAAUCUUCAAAACCUCCAGGUUCUCCUCGCCCAUUGCGAGAUGGAAAUGAAAAAUAUAAGCUGAUAGCUAUUAUAAGUCAUAUGGGAACUUCGCCUAUGUGUGGUCAUUAUGUUUCGCAUAUCCUUAAGGACGGUCAUUGGGUGAUUUUCAAUGACAAUAAAGUUGCUAUCUCUCAAAAUUUACCUAAAGAUCUUGGUUAUCUAUAUCUAUAUGAAAGAAUCUGAUCAAAAAAAAUUGUGAUAAUCAAAUCAAUUAGCCCAGUGUGUAAAGUUAUCUCGGUAACUAACAUCAGCAUCUUUUUUUGUCACAUAAUACAUCCAUAAAAACGAGUACAUUAUCAUCCGAUAUUUGAAACUGUUCUUGUUUUUUCUAUUCAAAUUGUCAACCAAUCCAUUGUUUACUUAAUUAAUCAAUAUUUUCUAGUUGAUUCAUUUGACAAAAAAAACAAGAAAAAUGAUUAAAAUUGAUGACAUCUUUGAUUCAA